UGAACGAGGAAAAUCCGUCCAGAUUAGCGGUUGAACGGGUUGAACAAGAUAUUUUAUCACAGAACUUUUCAAAAGAAAAGUUCCUUGAAUCAGUGAAAAAUCUGUCAGUUAUUGCGGAAAAAUAUGGGUUAGAUCAAGAGUCUAUAGAUAAGGGUAUUUCAUUGAUGUGCCGGAAUCAUCAUAUUGAUCAAAGCAAUGCUAUAUCUAUUAUAUAUUCAAUGAUGCCUAAUGGAAAAGUUAGUCAGAAAACAGUAAUUAGGAUACUUGCUAGUCUUGGGCAUGGCAAGACAAAGGCGAGUUUAUUUAUACAAAAUGCACUUCUUAAAUGGAUUAUUAUGGUAUAUGAUUUUUUGGAUGGUUAUGAAGAAUUAAAUCAAUUAUAUGGUGUUAUUCUUCAUUAUAUUGGAUUUAUAACGCUUAGGCGAUAUCUUUGUCAUAUUUUAAUUCUUAUAACACGACGUAAUAAUGUAAAGGCAUUUCGAAUAGAAAAGCUUCUUGAAAUUCAGAACCAAACACCUAAUGAUCAGAGUAUUUUUGCUUUAUUACAACUUUAUAAAUCAUAUUAUCCAGAUAUUGUGGUUACAAAAUUUCUAAAAAUUCAUGAUAAAUUAUUUGAUCAUCCAAACAAGCCAUGGUUAGAUAAAGUGAUUGCUCUUCAGGAAUCGUCAUCUAAUAAGAUAAAUAAAAACUAUGAUAUUCCGCGUUUUGAAGUAAUGGAUCAUUUUUACCGUGGUUUUAAAAGACAAAAACUUAGGAAUUUUUCUAUUCCAGAGAUUCGAACAUUUAGUUCGAAAAAGGAAUCAUAUACUACCGAGGAAAUUCGAACUAAACAAGAUCUUGUUGAAUAUAUUGAUAAUGUUGAAUUUCCUGGUCAGCUUGCAUCUAUCUUGGAUACCUUUCUACACCAGAAUCUUUUAAUUUUACGCUGUCCUGAAUUUGCAAUUGAACGUUUAAGUUUUUGGCUAGAGGCAAAAUUGAUAUUAGAUUUAAAAGAAAAUAGCAAUGAUGCAUAUAUUAAUCAUAUUUUAGAAUAUUUAGAAAAAUUUACAUAUGUUUUUAAGGAGACAUUAUCUCCUAUAGAUCGUUUUCUAAAUAUAUUACUACAAUCAUGGGAUGGUAUUAAAUAUCGAGAAUCACUCUUUAAUCUUUUGAUACAUAUACCUAUCAAAUCAGAAAAAGAUAUUACAAUGAUAUUAUCUUAUCUUACAAAGCCACAAUGGUUAACAGAUUUAAAUUAUUGUAUAGAUUUGUUAAACUUUUUUUCUCAAUUAACUAGACAAUGGGUUAUAAAAUAUAUAAGACUAAUUAAUAAAAACGGGACUUAUUGGAAAUUGUCAUCCAAUGAUAAUAUAUUAAGCGAUCCGUUUAAUUCUAUUCUAUUUCUACUUGAAAAUAUUGAUCAUCUUUGCAUUAAUAUUCUUCUGCUUUAUAAGAGUGACAUGCGUAUUCAUAAUUCUGUUCUUUUAUUUUAUGAGCUUUUGUUGGAUCUAAUUGUUGAAGAAAAACUUCCAAAUAUCAUAUUACCAUCAUCUCAUAUUAUUUAUCAAUGUUUUUUUUCAGGAAAUGGGAUGAGUUUAUCAAGAAUUUGUGGAUUAAUUGUUGGAUAUAAAGCAGCGUUUGAUCAACAUGAAAAAAAUGAAGUAAAAUCACCAUAUCAUCGGGAUAUUGUUGAUUAUUUUAAUUCUUUUGUGAUGGAUUUUUGUAAUUGUUUAUGGAGAAAUAGAGCCUUUAAUAAGCAAGAUAAAAAUGCUCUUGGUUGUCAAUUAUCUGAAGAAGUUGUAAUGACACUUAAAUCUAUUGCAGAGGUACAAGGAAUUUUCUUUGGAUCUAUUUUUUCCAUUACGCAUGGAACAGUAUUUGCACAUUGGUCAGCAGAAACUUUGAAAGAUCUGGAAGAUGAAUCUCCAAAUAUUAUUAAGAGGCAUGUAGGCCCUGUAAGCAAUACAUCUUUGAAACGAUGGGCAGAAGAAGGAGGUCUAAAUAUUAGCCUAAAUGAUUUUAGGAUUCUUGUGUUAAACAAGAUUAAUAAGAAGAAUUAUAAUGGUGUUUAUGAUUUUUUAUAUAGUUCGAUGGCAUCUUUAAAGGAAAGACGAACAUCAGAAAUUAAUAUUUCAUGAUAGAAUUAUAUUAAUAUUUUUUCUAUACAAGAAAUAUUAGUUUU